GGCACUUGUCGAAUCACCGCCGUCGAUGACAAAGCUAGAUCGUUUGUGGAGGAUGUGAGCGAGGGCGAUUUGUGGCUGUUCCCCGGCGGUAUUCCACAUUCUUUACAAGGUUUAGGACCAGACGGGUGCUUUUUCCUACUGGUAUUUAACGAUGGCAAUUUUAACGAGUUCGAAACAUUCCUACUCAGCGAUUUUAUGCGACACGUACCCCGCGAUGUGCUAGCCAAAAACUUUCAGGUGCAAGAGUCCACGUUCGACAACCUGCCCCAACACGAGCUGUACAUAUUCGCCAGUGAACUGCCGCGACCUCUAAUGCAAGAGAAAGAGAUGGCCGCCGAGAAAACGGGUGAAGUACCGCAAUCCUACGCAUAUUUCGCGUCGGCCCAACCGGCGAACGCCACGCGAUGGGGCGGUACCGUCAAAAUCAUUGACAAACGCAACUUCCCGGUGACCGACAUCGCGGCCGCCAUUAUUACGCUCAAACCGGGCGGACUCCGGGAACUUCACUGGCAUCCGAACUCAGACGAGUGGAAUUACUGCGUGUCAGGCAAGGCCCGGGUGGGCGUAUUUUUCGCCGCCGGUCGGUCGCGUACAAUGGACUUCGAGGCCGGAGACGUGGGUUAUAUACCACAGUCGGUGCCCCACUAUAUCGAGAACGUGGGUCAGGACGAUGUGGUGUUUCUAGAGGUGUUUCCCAACGAUACCUAUGUAGACAUAGCGCUGGCCACGUGGUUGGCGCACACCCCUACCCGACUGGUCAAUGAGCACCUGUUCACUGGCGAGCGUUUUUUGGCCGAUAUUCCCAAACGUGAGGCUGUAAAUGUACAAGAUUUUGCUUUAGCGACACAAAUGGCCGGGGUUCAAAUACAAUUGUACAAAGGUGGCGUACGUGAGCUGCAUUGGCACGAUUGCUCGCAGUGGACAUACAUAAUGGAUGGCACAUGCCGAAUUACCCUGGUGGAUCAGGAUGCUAGGUCUUACGUGGCGGACGUGAACAAGGGCGAUUUGUGGCUAUUUCCCACAGCAAGUAAUGGAUGCUUUAUACUAUUAGUAUUCAAUAAGGGCAAUUUUAGCAGUUCCGAUACGUUCCUGAUUACCGAUUGGUUAUUACAUGUGCCACUAGAAGUAUUGGCUAAAAACUUUCAAGUGGACAAAAAUAUAUUUGCCAACAUACCUCACAAGGACCUGUUUAUAUUUGAAUCAGAAUUACCCCGACCAUUGGCGGUGGAGAAAAAACAGGCAGCUCAAGUGACCGGGGAAGUGCCCCUACCGUAUAGCUAUCCGGCCGGCGCACAGGUGGCCAACUAUACCCGUGCGGGCGGUUCGGCCAAAAUUAUUGACAAACGCAACUUCCCGGUGACGGACAUCGCGGCCGCGAUUGUUACGCUCAAACCGGACGCACUCCGGGAACUACACUGGCAUCCAAACGCCGACGAGUGGAACUACUUGGUCACCGGCAAAGUUCGUAUGGGAGUAUUUAACCCGGGUGGUAACGCCAUGACAAUGAACAUGAAUGCCGGUGACAUCGGUUACGUACCGCAGGGGCAGCCGCACUGGAUUGAAAACACGGGUACAGUUGACGCCAUAUUUCUCGAGGUAUUUCCCGCCUCCUAUUACGAGGACAUAUCAUUGGCCGAGUGGUUGGCCCACACGCCCACCCGAAUGGCCAAUGAGAACAUUCAUACUGGCGAACAAUUUUUGGCCAGUAUUGCCAAAACUGAGGCAGUUAUUAGACCCUGGAAUCAAACGUGGUUGCCCGAAUACAAUCAUCUAGUUGACAGCAUAGAGAAAUCUAACAAAUACCUAUUUGCAUUUACCAUAAUUACUUUAUGGACAUUUACCGUGGCAACACAUGGUAGUGACAAUUUGGCCCCGUUCAUGAACCAGCCCCUUCAACGCCAGAACCCCUUAUUAUUUCACCCGCUCAGCACCGAUGCUGGCGCUCUGCCCAACUUUAAAUACCCCUUCGCGUACUCACACACCGCUUAUUAUAGCGGCGGUUGGGUAAAUGUACAAGAUUUUCCCAUAGCGACCAAAAUGGCCGGGGUUCAAAUGAAACUGAUCAGAGGUGGCGUACGUGAGCUGCACUGGCACCCCAGCUCCGAGUGGGCGUAUGUGAUCCAGGGCACUUGUAGGGUAACGCUAGUCGAUCAACACGCUAGAUCAUUUGUAGGCGAUGUAGGCCCUGGCGAUAUAUGGCUAUUUCCACCGGGCAAUCCGCACUCCAUACAGUAUUAUUAUUUCAACGCUCUAUCACAGGGUUUAGGUGAAGAUGGGUGUUUUUUCCUAUUGGUAUUUAACGAUGGCAGUUUUAGCGAUUUUGAUACACUACUACUUACCGAUUGGAUGAGACACGUGCCGCUGGACGUACUAGCCUUAGACUUUCAGGUCAACCCGGAAACAUUCGCCAACCUACCCCAACAGGAGCUAUAUAUGUUUGCCAGUGAACUGCCCCGACCUUUAGAAGUGGAGAGAGAAAUGGCAGCCCAGGGAACGGGUGAAGUGCCCGAUUCGGUGGCCUUUUACGCCAGUCAAAUGGCGCCCAACUAUACCCGUGCGGGCGGUUCGGCCAAAAUCAUUGACAAACGCAACUUUCCCAUCACUGACAUCGCGGCCACUAUUAUAACCCUUAAACCGGGUGCACUCCGGGAACUGCACUGGCAUCCAAACGCUGACGAGUGGAAUUACUGCGUGACAGGCCAUGUACGUUUGGGCGUGUUUAACUCGGGCAGUAACGCCAUGACAGUGAACAUGGACCCUGGUGACAUCGGUUACGUACCACAAUCACAGCCGCAUUGGUUUCAAAACACCGGCACAGAGGACGCUGUGAUGCUGGAGGUGUUUCCCGCCCCCUAUUUCGAGGACAUAUCCCUCGCCGAGUGGUUGGCACACGUGCCCACCCGACUGGUCAAUGAGCACAUUCAUACUGGCGAACGAUUUUUGAACGAUUUCCCACUAGCCACCCAAAUGUCAGGGGUUCAAAUGAAAAUCUACGCGGGUGCAGUACGGGAAAUGCACUGGCACCCACAGUCCGAGUGGGCGUACGUGUUGGAGGGCACUUGUCGUGUAACUCUAAUUGAUCCGGAGGGCAGAUCGUUUGUGGGCGAUAUUGGCGCAGGUGAUUUAUGGUUAUUUCCCACGGGCAAUCCGCACUCCAUACAGGGAUUAGCCCCUGACGGGUGUUUUUUCUUGAUGGUGUUUAACUCGGGCAGUUUUAGCGAUUUUGAUACUUUACUACUCACACAAUGGAUGGACCACGUGCCGUUGGACGUUCUAGCAUUAAACUUUCAGGUGCCUAAGUCAACGUUCCGCAACCUGCCCAAACAGGAACUAUAUCUGUUCGCCAGUGAACUGCCCCGACCUCUAGCGGUAGAGAAAGCGCAGGCGGCGGAAGUGACGGGUGAAGUGCCCAAUUCGGUGGCCUUUUAUGCCAGCAAAAUGACCCCAAACUAUACCCGAUUGGGCGGUUCGGCCAAAAUCAUUGACAAACGCAACUACCCUAUCACUGACAUCGCCGGCACUAUUAUUACCCUAAAGCCGGGCGCACUCCGAGAACUGCACUGGCAUCCCAACGCUGAUGAGUGGAACUACUGCGUAACAGGCCAUAUACGUCUGGGUGUGUUCAACGCCGGCGGUAAUGCCAUGACAAUGGAUACCUAUGCCGGUGAUAUCGGUUACGUACCGCAGGCGCAGCCGCACUGGUUUCAAAACAUAGGCAAAGUUGACGCCGUGAUGCUGGAGGUGUUUCCCACCCCCUAUUUCGAAGACGUAUCACUUGCCGAGUGGUUGGCCCACACGCCCACCCGAUUGGUCGAAGAACACUUUCAUCCGGGUGAAAAAUUUUUGAACGGUAUUGCUAAAACGUUGGCAGUGAUUAGGCCCUGGAAUCGUACAAACAAUCGUGAUGAUUCUGAGUUUAGCACCGAAUCGAGCAGUCAAACA